UUACUUUCGGUCGUUUUGUAUCACUCUUCCUGGACAUGGGGAGGGCGCCUUGCUGUGAAAAGGUAGGGCUGAAGAGAGGGAGGUGGACGGCGGAAGAGGAUGAGCUAUUGACGAAGUAUAUUCAAGCUAAUGGUGAAGGCUCUUGGAGAUCAUUGCCCAAGAAUGCAGGGUUACUGAGGUGUGGGAAGAGUUGCAGACUACGCUGGAUUAACUACUUGAGAGCCGACUUGAAAAGAGGAAACUUUACUGCCCAGGAGGAACAACUCAUCCUUAAUUUGCAUGCUUCUUUGGGAAAUAGGUGGUCUUUAAUCGCCAGUCACCUACCAGGAAGAACAGACAACGAGAUAAAGAACUACUGGAACUCUCAUUUGAGUAGAAAAAUCCACAGCUUUCGAAGGCCAUUUACCCCCACCAUGCCCCCCGUCGUCAUGGAUAUUAACAAGGCCGUCAUCGCGAAGCGUAAAGGAGGAAGAAACAGUAAGGCCUCAACGAAGAGACACAACAAUACCGAUGCCGGAAGUUCUUCAAACAAACCUACAGAAAACCCUCGUGUCUAUGAAACGGUGCCGUUUCCAUCCACCCCAAUAUUAGAAAAAGAAACUUUGUCAUUUACUGCCAUGGAAGAUAAGGAGAGAGGUAGUGAGGAAGGAACCACCAUGGAGAAUUCAAUGCUGUGCCCUAGUGGUAUUUUAGCACCACUUGAGAGUAUCGAAAGCAACGGGAUGCCUUGGUUUGAUGAUAUAACGAACACUGAAUUGCUACAACCACAUGGGGAUUUGGAUUUAAGUGAAAUGGCAGCUAAUAAUAAUAAUGAUAGUGGGGACAUGAACUCAUCUUGCUCGAUAACAUCAUGCUUUGUGGAUGAUUGGGAGUGGGAACGUGUUGUUAAUGGGAACGAGCCAUGGGAUGAGAAGGAAUUCAUGUGUUCUUGGCUAUGGGAAUCGAAUGAUCAUAAUGUCAAAGGAGAUAGACAUAAAUUGAACGAUGAUAAUGAUGACUUUGAGACUUAUACUUGGCUUUUCACUUAAUGCUCUCUCUCUCUCUCUCCUGGUGUAGUUGUCCCAUUUUGUUUCUUCUUCAUGGAUUGUGUUGGAUU